AUGACAGAAAGUUUUUCCACCGGGCCCUGGCCACUUGGCUUCGAUACAGGAGCAGACAGUCAGUCCCGUUUCCAAGAUUAUUGUCAACCUCCAGCUUGGCCGACACCGCCGGAAAAAUACGAAGGAAAUAAUCCCGAUGGCGCAAAGCAAAAACCCGAAGAAAAGAAUGGAGAGGAUGGGAAACAACCUGAGGUGCUCUACACGCAAAGGACAUUACAAUGGAUCUCAAACCACCCAGUAUACUAUGAAGCAGCGGACUUAAAGGUCGUUUUGAAGAACGAGAGUGGCAACUUCUCUUUCUUGGUUUCAUCUCAUGCUCUUUCUAUUGCCUCCAAAGUGUGGAAACUUAUCAUACAUCCACGAGGGACAAGAGAACUCGAUAUCGAAAAUCUAGUCCCAUACGGUGCCGUCAAGAUAAUGAAGCUGGAAGACGAUGAUGCUCUAGCAUUAGACGUCAUUUUCAAAAUCAUACAUCUUCAAACGGACGAAAUCCCAGCCGAGAUAUCCUUUGGGCUUCUUAAGAAAAUUGCGAUUGUCAGUGAUAAGUAUGAGUGCGGCAAGGUGUUCAAUCCGUGGCCAAAAUUAUGGAUGAAGACAUACGAAAGGCGAGCAACUUCUCCUCUAUACGAAGACUGGAUUUUUAUUGCAAAAGCGCUUGGCUCGAAAACUACAAAAGCCAAGGCAAUAUCCAGAAAGUUAAUACUAGAAGUAUCCUCGACAAGUCAAUGUGGCAACUAUUCUUGGCGGAUAAUAUCGGCGUCCACUGGCACUGUUAGCUCCAAAGUCGAAAUUCAUUUGAAGCAUCUGCCAGAUGGGUUUUUAGUCAGCGCGAAGAAACCCCAGGGCAUCUCCAGCGCUUCAUAUUGCAAAGAGGCCUGCUCCGAUGUUGCAGUAGGAUCCCUUGUUCGGAAUUUGAAGCUGGCGGGUCUAUGGCCGCUACUCAGUUCAGGCACCCCGCAUGAAUGGCACGGAUCAGUGCGGGCCCUUGUUAAAAAAAUAGAAGGUCUAAAAAUUACGACUGUAAUCGAAACUCCGGAUCCCAAACCGGAGCCCAGCACUAGUCUCGGAGCUAGAACUGCUCCACCCAACACCAUAUCUGCUACUCCACGGGCGGGUGGCCUCUUCGGAACCGCCACAGCUGUGGCAAAUAACAAUCCAGUUAAUCUUUUUGCCCCAACUGCUACCAGCUCGCCUUCAACCAGUGCCUCCAGUAGUACCUUGACUGCCGCGAGACUAGCCACUGCUUUGACUUCUCCAGCUGAACAUCAAAACAAUACCCUCAGUUUCUAUGAAUAUCCUGCUUUCACAACUACUUCGUAUACCAGUGGACAUAAACCGUGUCACAAGGCUUUUGCAUUAGGUGAAUUGAUAACAACGUGUCAAGGAAUUAUUAAAGAUGUAUUGGCAGGAGGAUAUGAUGAGGAGAUUAGAACUUGUCUCGUUGCCAGAUUCCUCAACUGUGGAUUAGAACCGGAAGAUUCAAACCCCAAUUUCCUUUUACAAUCGCUCAAUAUGUUAGCAACAAUUUAG